AUGAGUCAACGACAGAUCGUUCAAGUUUUUGAGCAGUACCAGAAAUCCAGGAUGCAGUUCGUGCAGACUGUAGCUGAUCUGGCAGCCAGACCACAGAACAUAGAAAUCCUCAGAAAUGCAGGCGUCAUGUCCAUGCUGCGUCCCUUGCUGCUGGACGUGGUUCCCAGCGUCCAGCAGACUGCAGCCCUGGCUCUGGGUCGCCUGGCGGACCACAGCGACGACCUGGCCGAGGCCGUGGUGAAGGAGGACAUCCUGCCUCAGCUGGUCCAGUCUCUGGCCUCGCAGAAUAGGUUCUACAAGAAGGCUGCUGCGUUCGUGCUGCGUGCGGUUGCCAAACACUCCCCUGAGCUGUCCCAGGCUGUGGUGGCCUGCGGGGGUGUGGACGCUCUGGUGCUCUGCCUGGAGGAGUUUGACCCCGGGGUGAAGGAGGCUGCCACCUGGGCUCUGGGCUACAUCGCACGACACAACGCAUUGCUGUCUCAGUCGGUCGUGGAUGCCGGUGCUGUCCCCCUGCUGGUGCUGUGUCUCCUGGAGCCUGAGAUAGCCCUGAAACGCAUCGCGGCCUCCACCCUCAGCGACAUCUCCAAACACACGCCCGAGUUGGCCCAGACUGUGGUGGACACCGGUGCCAUCGCACACCUGGCGCAGAUGAUCCUCAACCCAGACGCCAAACUCAAGAGGCAGGUGUUCUCGGCCCUCAGCCAGAUCAGUAAGCACUCGGUGAGCCUGGCGGAGAUGGUGAUCGAGGCCGAGAUCUUCCCCGCGGCCCUGGCCAGCCUCAGAGACCAGGAUGAGUACGUGAGGAAGAACGUUGCCACCCUGAUGAGGGAGGUGGUGAAACACUCGCCGGAGCUCUCCCAGGUGAUCAUAAACUACGGCGCGCUGUCAGGAGUGAUCGACUACGUCAACGAUUGCCGUGGAAACCUGCGGUUGCCAGGGAUCAUGAUGCUGGGAUACGUAGCAGCCCACAGUGAGAACCUCGCCAUGGCUGUCAUUAUUUCCAAGGGGGUGCCCCAGCUGGGCCUGUGUCUGUCCGAGGAGUCCGAGCAUCACAUCAAGGCGGCCACGGUCUGGUCCAUCGGCCAGAUAGGUCACCACACCCCUGAGCACGCCAAGGCGGUGGCCACGGCUCACCUUCUGCCCAAACUGCUGGAGCUCUACAUGGAUGCCAGAAGCUCAGAGGACCUGCAGGCCAAAAGUAAGAAAGCUCUGAAGAGCAUCCUGCAGAAGUGCACCUAUGUGCCUGGUCUGGAGCCUCUCCUCUACGAUGCUCCCAGCAACAUCCUCAAACACGUUGUCUGCCAGUUCAGCAAGGUGCUGCCUCAUGACAGCAAGGCUCGCCGUCUGUUUGUGACCAGCGGGGGGCUGAAGAAAGUGCAAGAGAUCGAGGCUGAGCCCGGCUCCGCUCUGCAGGAGCACAUCAAUGCCAUCAACAACUGCUUCCCUGAAGAGUUAGUGAGGUACUACACUCCUGGUUACUCAGACGCCCUGUUGGAGCGGUUAGACAACUACCAGUCGGCCUGA